AAGUUCCACAUCGCCAGCACCAGGGAGCUGCAGAGGCAAGGUUGGGCUGGGCUAAGUGGCCUCCGGCCCGGCCCCUGCAGGAACACAUAAAUAGACAGCAGAGAGAAGGCAGUGCUCACCUAGUGCUCACACACCGCUGGGGCCUUGGAGGUUGCCCACAGCCUGCAGGAUGAAAGCCGUGGUGCUGACCCUGGCCGUGCUCUUCCUCACGGGGAGCCAGGCUCGGUACCUGUGGCAGCAUGAUGAAGCCAAGUCCUACUGGGACCAAAUCAAAGAUAUGCUGACUGUCUAUGUGGACACGGCCAAGGAUUCUGGCAAAGACUACCUUACCUCACUGGAUACCUCUGCCUUGGGACAGCAGCUUAACCUGAAACUUGCUGAUAACUGGGACACAGUGAGCAGUGCUCUCCUCAAGGCUCAUGAGCAGAUGAAGCCUAUCGCCAUGGAAUUCUGGGGUAACCUGGAAAAGGACACCGAGGGACUGAGGCAGACGGUGAGCAAGGACCUGGAGCUGGUGAAGGAGAAGGUGCAGCCCUACCUGGACAGUUUCCAGAAGAAAGUGGAGGAGGAGUUGGAGCUCUACCGCCAGAAGGUGGCGCCGCUGAGCGCCGAGUGGCGCGAGCAAGCGAGCCAGAAGGCGCAGGAGCUGCAGCAGAAGGCGGGUGAGCUGGGCGAGCAGCUGCGGGACCGCGUGCGCACCCACGUGGACGCGCUGCGCACCGACCUGGCGCCCUACGGCGAGGAGGCGCGCAAGUUGCUGCUCCAGCGCCUCCAGGACAUCAAGGCGAAGAGCGGCGACUUGGCUGAAUACCAAACCAAGCUGAGCGAGCACCUGAAAUCUUUCGGCGAGAAGGCCCAGCCCACGCUGCAGGACCUGCGCCACGGCUUGGAGCCCUUGUGGGAGGGCAUAAAGGCCGGCGCCAUGUCUAUGCUGGAGGAGUUAGGCAAGAAGCUGGACAGCCAGUGAGCCUCCUGGCCUGCGGACCCCAGGGGGGACCACCUUUUCACCUUCCCGUUUCUUACAAUAAACAUUUCCAAAGCGG